GACACAUCAGCAGCCAAUCAGACGACAGAAAAGAUUCAAGCUCCUCUCAGACAGCUUCAUUUGAUUCUGAGUUUCCAACCAGGAUGGUUAGCAGGACUCUUCUCUUCAUUUGUGUGGCUGCUUUCUUCUGCGCAGAUGCGGAGGAUAAAUCCAGCCUCUACAGGAGGCCCUCCUGUUUGGGGAGGACAGUGACUCCACCGUGUCCUCUGAAUUAUUCGCCAGUGUGUGGCAGCAAUGGCCAGACAUACGCAAAUGAAUGCGCACUGUGUGCCGACAGACUGGCAGACAAUGCUGACAUUUUGAUUGUGAAGGAGGGACCCUGCUGAGGAUGACAUCACACUCCUACUUAACUGAUGAAAUCAUCACAUGUAUCUUUCACUUCUA